GCCGGAUGUUAGCGUGUGGGAGGUGCGGCUGGGUUGCUACAGCCGGAGCUGGGCGGCGGCGGGCGCUGCCGGAGGAGCCUCAAGCAGUUCGCCAUGGACCAGCUGGAAGAAAAUGGAAGUGUUGUCCAGGUUGGAGAAUUGUUGCCCUGCAAGAUUUGUGGAAGGACGUUCUUUCCAUUAGCCCUGAAAAAACAUGGACCCAUUUGCCAGAAAACUGCCACUAAAAAGAGGAAGACUUUUGAUUCAAGCAGGCAAAGAGCUGAAGGCACUGAUAUUCCCACAGUCAAACCUCUUAAACCCAGGCCAGAACCACCAAAGAAGCCAUCUAAUUGGAGAAGAAAGCAUGAGGAAUUCAUUGCCACCAUAAGAGCAGCAAAAGGCCUUGAUCAGGCACUUAAAGAGGGUGGCAAACUUCCUCCUCCUCCUCCGCCUUCCUAUGACCCUGAUUACAUUCAGUGUCCAUAUUGCCAGAGGAGGUUCAAUGAAAAUGCAGCGGACAGACAUAUCAACUUUUGUAAAGAACAGGCGGCGCGCAUUAGUAAUAAGGGCAAAUUUUCUGCUGAAGCCAAAGGAAAGCCAGCGUCUCGGCCACAGUAUAAACCAUCUCCACUUAAAAAAUCAAAUUCUCCUGGAACUGCAGCAUCUUCCCGACUCCCACAGCCAAGUACUGCUAGCAAAGCUGUUGUAGGUGUGCCUUCGGGUAAAGCAUCUUCAGUUAACAGUUCUUUGGGAAACAAACUCCAGACCUUAUCUCCUUCUCAUAAAGCAAUAGCAGCCCCUCAGGCAGGAGCUAACAUCAAAUCUCGAAAUACUACACCUCCUAGCCUGGCAAGAAAUUCUGUGGCAGGUGUGCUUACCAACAAAAGAAAAACUUAUACUGACAGUUUUGUAGCCAGGUCAGAUGGAGACUGUACAUCUUCAGUUAACGGUGGAAACAUUAAAGGCGUUGAGGGAAAUUCAUCUGGACAUUUACCAAAAUUCUGCCAUGAGUGUGGGACAAAAUACCCUGUUGAGUGGGCAAAGUUCUGCUGUGAAUGUGGCAUUCGAAGAAUGAUUCUGUGAACAGAAUCUCAGAAGCUAAGUGGCCAGGCUAAGAAUUGGAUGAUUAUUGCUGCUUUGACACCCAGGGCACUUAUAGUUACAUUGCGCUAAAGCUAUUUACAGUGCCCUUUCCCCUUCUCUUUGGAACAUAAGACUUUGGCUGUAUAAUGUGUCUGUAUGUAUUUAUAAUUAUAUAUGUGUAUAUAUUAUAUAUAUAUAUAUUCUGUAUAUAAUAAAUCUGAUUUCUCCAGCCUGUGCCAUUCAAAGAAAUACUUAAGUACAUGUCAGAAAGUAAGCUGAUAAGAGACCAGUGUUUUCAGUAUUGCUCUCCAGUUGUUUAAAUCAUUAGUAUACUUGCACAGGCAACUCCACUCCCAUGAUGAGCCUUGCAUGCUUUCGGAGAACAAGAAGCCAGAAUAGAUGCCGUUGUUGGUGCCCAUCUCCAGUAGCAUCAUAGGGGAUGGGAUACUGGAGAUUCUGUUACUAAAGAGAAUGUUGUGAGGUCAUUUGCCCAGCUGGACUCUUCAGCAACUAGUGUUAAAUUCCUUAAAAGAAAAAUGAUGGAAAGGAAAAUCUGAGGUCCAUGUUGCUGGGAAGUUCAUGGAUUAUUGGUUACAUAACCCAAUUAAAUUAUUAAACAUAUAUUCGUCCUUCUGUGAACAUGUAAUAAUGCAAUCUCCUUUUCAGAAAUGGCUGACCUUAUAAAUGUAAUUUACUUUGCUUAGAACUGAAUGAUUAAUUUACCUCCAUGUGAUUUGGACACAUUUUCUCUCCGCUUCCAAUUGUGUUCUGAGAUUUUAUUUUCCCUUCUUUUGGCAUAAAUCCUUUGAAAAGUAGUUUUAGUUUACUACUACAGUCUUUGCAGUAUUACACAUAAUUAUAUUAAAUAUAAUUAUUUAAGAUACAGUUUUUCUGUAAAAUUUUGUUUGAAAAUUUUAUUUCUGUGUAUGUGUGUUUGUAGGAAAUUAAUACAUUUUAAAACAAAGCACCCUGCCCAACAAAUAAUAAUUGUGGUUCUCAUUGAUUCUGAGCAUGCAGGCGAUGCUGUUUUUAGUUUUUAGUCCCUCACGGUUCAUAUAGUUCUAAGUAUUGAAAGAAUACCUAGUUUUUCCUGUUCACAUGUUCUUUAGUGCUUACUUUUGAAAUACCAUAUAUAUUACAGAGAAAAUGCACUGAAAUGUUUUAAAUAGCUGACUUCCACAAGCACAGCUCAGUGUAACGAUAGCAGUACUGACGGGCAGGCCGCUUUGACAUUGUGUUUCCAGAGUCCUGCAGAAUGGCUGUGUAGUCUGAACUUUGCCCUACAAAGGGACCUGUAACAUUUUACAUUGAUGGGCUUCCCACUUUCUUGUUUGUUGUUUUUGAUAAGGAUUGAUGUAGAAAUUCAUUGCUUUGAAUUUCAUUUCUGAAAUUUAUUUACUUCUUGUUUUCUAUUUUAUUUUAAUUUCUGAAGGGAUUUUAAACUUGUAAUGAGUUCUCAUUUCAUUCUCCUUAUUCCUUCAUGUUAUUAGAUUUUCGCUCUUGUUUGUUCCUUUUGGUCAUAUUGAUAAUUCAAAACUAAGUAGCUUGAAUUAAUAGUAAUGAAUUUAGAAGACUAAGACAAUCUGGAUUUUCAUCUUAGUAAUUCCUUUUUGUGAAAUCGGUUGCAAAUAUAUGAAGAACUUUUAAUUCAUUAAUUCAUCUUUAUCUAGCAAUGAGCACUAUUUCUUUCAGGUAUGUUUUUAAUUCAUGUAUUCUUUUAUUCUACUUAAAGAAUGGAUGGAUAAAUCUUUUUGUUUGUUUGUUUCUUUGUUUUUGUUUUUCGAGACAGGGUUUCUCUGUCUAACAGUCCUGGCUGUCCAGGAAUUCUAGGCCAGGCUGGCCUCGAACUCACUGAGAUCCACCUGCCUCUGCCUCCGGAUGAAUAAUCACCUCCCAGGAAUCAUUUUUAAAUAAGCAGACAAGUUUGUUUGUCAUUGACUGCUACAGUAGCAAGUGUUAAAAGCAUACAACCUGGAAAUCAGUUCCAGAGCCCAGAGAUCACUACAUACAGUAUGUUGCUGAAAUAUGCAUUUGAAACACGGUACAAUUUUUAACAACUUUCUGUGGUCCAUUCUUACUCUCAUGUUGAUGUGUUGUGCAAUAGUUUUUACAGUCUUCCUAUGCACCAUUCAUUUUUAUUUAUUUGCACAAUUAUUUGCGAGUAUGAUAGAAUGAAAAGUAAUUGUAAGGUUAAAUUAAAAUGGAAUAUUGCUUAUAGAUUAUUCUAAAAGUUAUUCACUUCAAAAAACAAGACCUUUGUGACUGCUGUUGUCUCUUAUUCACAGUUUUUUAAAUUAUAAGUGAUAUAUUCAUUUCGAAUCAAUAAAGACACAGACAAAUUAUUGGUUGUUAUAUUUAUUGAUAUCUUUUAGAAUGAUAGGAACAAACUAGACUAUAAAUAAAAUAUUGAAAAUUCCUUUUUUUUAUAUCAUAGUUUUUAAUUUGUCAUUUUUAUGGCUUUAAAAAACAUUUGUUACAAGUUUUUUUCCCUAUCUUUUUAUUGAUUUUCUGUGGAUUUCACAUCAUGCAUUCCAAUCCUUUUCGUCUACCUGUCCCCUCGCUUCCACCCUCUUCCCUUGUAACUUCCCCACAAACAAAAAAUAAAAGUAAAAACCAAACACAGAGCAAAAUCUCAGCAUGGAAGCUGUAGUGUGGCCGAGUGAGUCACAGUAUACGCUUUAGUCCGUGCAUCUGUACUUGUGUUCAUUGCAGUGAGUCAUUGGUCUGGUUUGAGGCCUCUGGCUUCCGCUACACCCUCAAUCCUGGGGCCUCAGUGGUACUCCUCUGGGAUGUCUUAUUGCUGUCGUGUGUCCCAGAGGUCCUGUAGCUUAGGAUCUACACCUUCACAUGCUCCAGCAGUUAUUAGAAGAGGUGGGUGUUGGAGUGGGCUGCCUUGUCCUGGUCGGGCCUGGGUGGUAGCCGGAAUGGUCGGUGUGCCAGCUCUCCCUCAUUGUCACCACCCAGGUGAGCUUUACAGCACUGCUCCUGUUCGCUGAAGUACUGUAGCAGACAGAGAGGAGCAGGCCAGUCCUGCUCUUCAUACCCUCAGGUUUCAAGGCCCACUCUCUGGGUUCUCCUUCCUGUUCCAGGUAGCAGACAGUACAAGGGAGGGACGCUCUACUGCUCUUAGGCCAGCAGGCCCUGCUCACCUAGCCUGUCAACAUGUCAGCUCUGGUUGCUACCCAGGCAAGGUAUCCUAGUGUAGCAGUGCUUUUCUUUGGUCUGCCAGCUCAGACAUAAUGACAGGAAGACUUAUUAAUUAUGAAAGCUCAGCAUGUAGCUUAGACACGUUCCUCACCAGCUCUUAUAACUUAAAUUAACCUAUUUAUAUUAAUCUGCGUCCUAUCGUGUGGUGUUACCUCUCUCCUGUCCAGGGCCUCCUGUUUCAUCCUGGCUGGCAUCUCCUGUAUAACCAGAUUCCUCCUCUUUCCAUCCUUGCAAGUCCCGCCUAUACCUCCCGCCUGGCUAUUGACGGUUCAGCUUUUUAAAACACCAAGAUAGCAGUACACCUUCACACAGUGCACAAAUAUCCCACAACAUGCUGCCGCUGUCCUGUGCUGUAGCUGGUGAGGGGCAGGGACAUUUCCACUCUUGUGGCCCCAGGGCCAGCUCUCUGACCUGCCGCAGGUUGCAGGGCACGAGGGGAGGGAGAGCAUUUUUCUUCUUAGACGAUUUUAAGGUGUAGAAAAACAUAUCCAACAAAACUUUAAAACUGAAUGCAGUAAUAUUUAUAGAUGAAUACUAUAUAGUUUAAUGGAAAAUAUUUAUAAUUAAUACUUUGUUCACAUUCUAAAUUUUAGGAAAAGUGCCUCAUCUAAUGAAAAUACGGCUAUUAAACACAUCUCGUUUGUAUUCACUUUUUCUCCUGAGCUAAAGAAGAAUGCUGUUUUAAACUAGCAGUAAAAUUCUAAUAGAAAAAAAAAAUACAGACUUCAUCAUGCUUGGGUAUUUACUUAGAUUGAACGUACAUGUAUUUUAUAUGGUAAGUAUAUUUUCAGGACUGAAGUCAGCUGAUUUUUGAAAUGGAUUGUCUUAUUGAGACAAAUCCAUCUGAAAAAACAUUAAAAUUAGAAGUAGUACCCUCAUUUUUACUUAGGAACAUUUUGAUUAAAUAUUGAAAUGCUCCUUAUUGAAAUACUCUCUUACAUGUGAAUUGCUCUUGAUACCACUAGAGGGUGCUUUUGUAUAAUUUACUCUUCCUAGCCCCAGUUAUCAAGGUUUCUCAGUUUUGAUUUUGAAAGGUGAAAUUUCAGAGAUUUAUGAGCUAUUUUUUGGUGUUUCUGUUAGUUUUAGAGAUCCCUAUAUUGAUACCUUAAAAAGCUAGGCUUACUAUUUGGAGCACCACCAUGGGAGUAAGUUAAAGCAAUAAUUAAUAUCUAUUGUCUUUCAAUGAUUUUUAGCAAAAUACCAUUUUAGAAUAUCGCUUGCUCACUAUUGUUUUAACGUUUCACCUUAGUUAUAUGAACAUGAUGGCUAAAGGUAACAAAUUUAUAUUCAGUUGCUAAGAAAAAUUCUUUUAAAUUGUGCACAAAAUAGUCCGAUUUUGUUAAAAGUACAAAUAAAAGGUGUGAAACUUUUUUUUUCUAUAUUUUGCCUGCUUCUACUACAAGACUAUUUGGUGAAUUUUAU